AUUUUAGUCUCUUCUGGUGGCCAAAGCGUCACGGAACAGAACAAUCGAGAAGAGCCAAGCCGGCCUCUGAAGUCUAUACCUUUAAUCGGAAUCCAUGGCUGUGCAAGCCGGCGUUCAGACCUCCAAAGUUCUCAUCUUGCUUGGCGCAGGGGUCUCUGGUUCGAUUGUACUGAGACAUGGGAGGUUGUCUGACCUAAUAGCGCAGCUUCAAGAAUUACUCAAAGGUGCUGAAGGAGUUGAAAGCACACCUUUUAGUUAUAAGUAUGAUAGUGCCGCCCUCGCUGCUCAGAUUCGACAGCUUGCAAAUGAAAUCAAAGAACUAAGUACGAUAAAUCCAGUUACUAUAUUUAACGGAGAUUCAAACAACAGUGGCUAUGCUUCUUACCUGGUUCCAGCGGCCGCUGUUGGAGCUAUGGGGUACUGUUACAUGUGGUGGAAGGGUUGGUCAUUCUCCGAUGCAAUGUUUGUGACAAAGAAAAAUAUGGCUAAUGCAGUUGCAUCUUUUUCAAAACAACUAAACGACUUGCAGGAUACAUUAGCGUCAACAAAGAAACAUCUUUCUAAGGAGCUAUCGAAAUUGGAUUGGAAGGUGGAAGAGCAGACCGAGAUAUCUAAAAUGAUUCUAAGUGAUGUAACAGAUGUGAAAUCAAGUAUUUCACAACUUGGGUUUGACUUUCAACAAAUUAAUGAAAUGAUAUCCGGAAUAGAAGGGAAGAUUGACAGUCUUGAAAGCAAACAAGAUGUGACACUCUCAGGACUAUGGCAUUUGUGUCAAAUUGCAGGAGUUAAAGACAGCGCAGCCACUAAAGUCAUUCAGGAUGUUGGUGCGAGACUACCUAUCGAUGCAAAACCAUCUUCUAACAAUUCUCUUUCGGGUCUGCGGUUCCUAACAGAAGGAGAGGAGGGUGUAAAUGUAAUACACAACAAGCCUGUUUUGGAGAAAGAAAGCCCGUUGAUGGUGAAACCAGCGGUGGAGGAGAAAACAAAAGCUGCCGUGGUGACAAGAACCAGAGUUCACAGAGCGUUUCCCGGUGGGAUAUCUUGGGUACAAGACCUUACCAGACAAUCAUAAAACAUAUAUUUUUGGUGAUCUUUUUUACAAAGAAUUUACUUUAUAUGGUCCCAACUUCUGAUAUACUGGGACUGGGCAAUUAUUUAUCUGUAAGUAAGCAAACUAUACACAUAUUACUACAUUCAUCAACAGUUUGUGUUGGUUACCCUUAUUGUUUGUGAAAGAAAGAGUGUGGAAAAAAGCUUUCACGUAUGUUUGAAUGAGAAUAAAAUGAUACGUGGAUUUGUUCUAA